UGCGUCUCCGACUUUGCAGUCUCGUCGUAUUCUCCCAACAUUGGCAAACUCUUAGACGCACGAGAAAGAUUCAAGACAGCAACGGUAGCUGAUGCUAAGGUGCUGUUCGUUACGGCUCCGGAAACACCAGGCUACGCCGACCUACCGAAUACCCUCACAGAAGUCCAAGAGAUUAGGCAACUUCUCCCAAUUGCAGUCGACAUUCAGCAUAACGGAGCUCAUGCCACCGUGGCGGAGACGCUGGGGUGCUGUCAGCGUGCUUCAAUACUGCAUCUUGCAUGUCACGGCCAACAAGACGUCGGCGAUGCGCUGGAGAGUGGCUUUGUGCUUGAGGACGGCAAGUUGACCAUCUCCGCGCUCAUGCGACUCGACCUGCCCGAUGCCUUCUUCGCGUUCCUGAGUGCAUGCGAGAGCGCCAAGGGCGACGCAGAGCAGCCAGACGAACUGGUCAGCUUGUCCGCGGCUAUGAUGUUUGCUGGGUUUAAGUCCGUCAUCGGGACGAUGUGGUCCAUGAAUGACACUGACGGACCACUGAUCGCUAAAUGCGUGUAUCAUGCGUUAUUUGAUGGGGCAACCAAUUUGGACCCUUCUGCCAUUCCUUACGCGCUCGACGCCGCUACCACAGAGCUCAGGCGCUCGGGCCUUUCUCCGACUCGAUGGGCGACAUACAUCCACAUGGGUAUCUAG